UUCGCUGCUGGGACCAAUAGGAGUGCUGCCGGAUCACCAUUGGACCUGGAUCGUCGCGGCAGCCGAGUCCGUCCACAGAGAGCGGCGGAGCCCGGGCUGACCGGCGGCGACCCGGGGCGGUAGGACUCGCUGGGACCGGCCACCCUCCCUCUCUGCCCCCCCAACGCCGCGGGGGUGUGCGCCGUUCGCCGCCAUGGCCGGCCCGGUGUGCGAGCUCCUGGGAGAGCGGCUGACCGACCGGCACCAAGCCGAGGUGGAGUGCUCGCCGCUCGGCUCGGACGGCCGGCUGCUCGCCCUCUACUUCGGCUGCAGCUGGAGCGCCCCGUGCCAGCAGUUCACCGCGGCCCUCGCCGACUUCUACGGCCGCUUCAAGCAGGGCGAGAACGCCGACAGGCUGGAGGUGGUCUUCAUCGGCUCCGAGGAGAAGUACCAGCCCUGGCAGGAGUUCGUGGGCCAGAUGCCCUGGUUGGUGCUGCCGUUCCAGGAGAAGGAGAAGAAGGUGAAGCUGUGGAGCAAGUACAAAGUGACCAAUAUCCCCACGCUCAUCUUCAUCGAGGGGAGCACCGGGAGGAUUGUUAGCAGGAAUGGGCAGCUGAUCAUUCGGGACGACCCAAUGGGCUCCGAGUUCCCCUGGGGUCCCAAGUCGUUUGGCGAAGUCAUGGCCGGCCCUCUGAUUAAGAACAGCGGGCAGGUGGUGAACAGCAGUGAGCUGGAUGGCAGCUACGUUGGCAUUUACUUCUCUGCCCAUUGGUGCCCUCCUUGCAAAGGCCUCACCCGUGUACUCGUGGAGACAUAUCGCAAAAUCAAAGAGUCGGGGCAGAAGUUCGAGAUCGUUUUCGUCAGUGCCGACAGGUCAGAAGAUUCCUACAAACAGUAUUUCAGUGAGAUGCCUUGGACAGCUGUCCCAUACACUGAUGAAACCAGAAGGUCUCGGCUCAACCGACACUUUGAUAUACAAGGCAUUCCAACCCUGAUCAUCCUCGACCAGGAGGGGAAGAUCAUCACUCGGCAGGGGAGGGCGGCUGUGCUCAAUGAUAUGGAUUGCAAAGAGUUCCCGUGGCAUCCGAAACCGGUAUUAGAACUUACAGAGUCCAGCGCCAUGCAACUGAAUGAGGGGCCCUGCCUGGUUCUGUUUGUGGAUUCAGAAGAGGAGGAACUGGAGCCAGCAAAACAACUGAUCCAGCCGAUCGCGGAAAAAAUUCUCUCAGAGCACAAAGCGAAGGAGGAGGAUGCCCCACUGUUAUUCUUUGUAGCAGGAGAGGACGACAUGACGGAGUCGCUGCGGGACUUCACCAACCUGCCGGAAUCUGCCCCACUGCUCACUAUCCUGGACAUGUCGCAGAGAGCAAAGUACGUGAAAGACGUGGAGGAGAUCACGCCGGCCAUCGUGGAGGAGUUUGUGAGGUCGUUCCUGAUGGAAAAACUAAAACCCGAGCCCAUCUGAAGGAGGAUGUUUAAUACUCUUGCCUGGUUCCUCUUCUAUUUAAACCUUUAAAAAAAACAAUUAAAAAAAAUGGUCUUUCUAACUCUCGAAUUUCUACUCGUUUUAACAUUGUGGUCGUAGGCACAGCUGUAUUGGAGGCUGCUGGCGUCUCCUGUCUCUGCUUUACCAGGUCCUGGUGUGAAGGUAGUCUGACCUUUGUUCCACCAGCAGCACUAACACUCCGUGGAAGUCCGAGUUAACCAGGGCUUGGGCCUCGCCUUCUUUCCCUUCAGAAGCUGGAAACAGUUAUCACAACGGAAGCAAGCGGCUGAAUGUUCCACACACCUCUCCCACCAAUGCAAGCUCCAUCCUCGAAACCUGGACCAACCUCGGCAAAUCUGCUCUCUCAAACAAUUGACUGCCUCAGGUUCUCCAGAAGAGGCUCCCGUCAGUCGGUGUAUUAAAGGCUGGAUUUUAUGCCACUUUUGUUUUUAUAUUCCCCAUUUUUUUUCUGUAAUCUGGUCCUGUUAUGAUGUUUUAAAUUAUUUGCAAGUUCAGCCCAAUAAACAUGGCAGCAGUCA